CGUGAAUCGUGAAACUGGCAGCCAUAUUUGAAUCACAUUUUGAGUCUGUGCACACGACACUUCAAAAUUGCCACAAAAGAUUGACAGACUGAUCAUACAGGGCCUGUGUAGAACUGACCAUUGGAGAAGUCAACGCAAUGUGUUUCACCAUUCAGAGUUACCGGUUCUGUGCCAUCUGCCUUACGUUACAUGCUCUCACCUGUCUCCCUGCCUAUGGGCAUGCAGAUGAAUCAACUAAACUCGUGCCAACAUUUCCUACUAAUUCUUCAGAUCCACAUCAUCAUUUGAUGUUGAACAAUACCUUUCCUUCGGAGCAUGAUCACCACAACCAUGACCAUGAUCAUGAUCAUCCCGAGCAUAUUCAUAACUCGGAUAACAAAGAACAUCAUCCUGAUACAGAUAAUGAAGAUCAUGACCAUGAUCAUGAUCAUCCCGAGCAUAUUCAUAACUCGGAUAACAAAGAACAUCAUCCUGAUACAGAUAAUGAAGAUCAUGACCAUGAACAUGACCAUGAUCAUGACCAUGAUGAAUCAUCGGAAAAGACUGAUGAAAUGUUACAUGCACAAAAUCUUUAUAUGAAAGAUUUAUUGUACAGAUUUGGUAGAGACGGUGUUUUAGACUAUGAUGGAGUUAUUCAUAUCUUGGAGAAUCUAGGAAUGAAUGUUCAUUUACUGCCUGACCAUUCCCAUAUUGGACAUUCUCAUGUACCUACUGAUAGCCAUGCUGGCCAUAGUCAUGAUGCAGAUCAUUCCAAGCAUAUUCAUGACUCGGAUCACAAAAAACACCAUCCUGAUACAGAUCAUGAAGAUCAUCGUCAUGACAGCAAAAAUCACACGAAGCAUCAUGAUGACCAUAAUCACAAAAAUCAUGCUUCAGAUCAUCAUCAUACUCAUUCUAAUAAUACAAAUAUAGAUGCUCAUAAACUUUCAAAUGAUUCUGAUCAUAAUGUACGCAGACGUCGCUCAAGUAAUGUUAUGAAGAGGCAGAUUAAGAAGAGAUCAGAUGAUUCACAUUAUCACUUAGGUGCUCACACUAUGGAUUCUGAAAGUGACAGUGGAAAGUGUGAUGACCUGUUCCAUUACUUCAACAUACACGAAGGUGAGAUAGUGUCUAAAGAACGGCUUCUGCAGAUGUGUCCUGGAAUACUGUCCACUCUUACUCGGACUGAGUGUAGGGAAAUGUCAAAUGACCAUCAUGAUCAUCCAGACCUAGAGGCUGUCGCAGUCUCCUUUAAAGAAAUACCAGCAGAAGUGUGGGGAUAUUCAACCAUUGCCAUAGUGAUCAUCAGUAUGGUUGGACUGCUUGGUGUGGCUGUCGUCCCAAUUAUGCAGAAAGUCUUCUACAACCACCUGCUUCUCUUCCUUGUGGCACUGGCAGUUGGGGCGCUAUCAGGGGAUGCUUUGUUACAUCUACUUCCUCAUGCACUUCAAGGUGGUCAUGACCACAGCAGCCAUGGCAAUAAAGAGGAGGAUGAAAAGCACCAACUGGCAAUCCUUAAGGGCCUAUGUGGAAUGGGUGCUAUCUUCCUCUUCUUCACCAUGGAGAGAGUGUUAUCCAUUGUCACAGACAUGAAACGUAAACGCAAGAAGUUUUCACAGAAAGGGUCUGUGUUUGUGAAGGAGUCUGGAGAACUAGGUGAUGAUAAUACAAGCAUACCACUGACAGAGUGUGGUGCCAUGCGUGUCACUGACCCAGAUUGUAAGGAACAGAUCAUGGGCAUCCAUCCAGGUCAAAAAGCCCUCACCAACUUCGCUGAGUCAUCUCACAAGAAAUGUUCUGGUGAACAUGACAGUCACCACAAAAAUGAUAGAAAAUUUGACAUGGUUGAUGAAGAGAAUCCAACUUCUGUGCUUAGCCACUCACAUCACCAUCAUGGCCACUCCCACAUACUGCCGACCUCUGUAGCUUCCAUCGCAUGGAUGGUCAUUCUUGGUGAUGGUAUUCACAACUUCUGUGAUGGGCUGGCGAUUGGGGCAGCCUUCUCCAGCUCAAUUACAGGUGGUUUUAGUACAUCUGUUGCAGUCUUCUGUCAUGAGCUUCCUCAUGAAAUUGGUGACUUCGCUGUGUUGCUUAGGGCAGGAAUGACAGUAAAGCAAGCAGUAAUGUACAACUGUGUGUCCUCUGUCCUGGCAUUCAUUGGAAUGUUGAUUGGUGUUGCUAUUGGCAACUUUGGAGAUUCCAUCACCUGGGUGUUUGUGUCGGUGGCGGGCAUGUUCCUCUACAUAGCUCUAGUCGAUAUGUUGCCUGAGCUAACUGCAGUAGAUACACGUCAAGGUGAACACCCUUUCUGCCACCUUCUCAUCCAGGUAGGUGGUAUGAUCUUAGGAGCAUCCAUCAUGCUCCUUAUCGCCCUAUAUGAAAAGAACCUGAUGAACAUCCUGGAACCAGUGUAAUGACUAUGCUACUAGCACAUGGAUCAUGAAGAAAUCCAGGGUCAAAUGAGAUCCAGGUUUACUCUGCAGAAGUCAACACCGAAGAUUGCCCAAUUCACAGGCAUAGCCAUGAAAUCUGUAUUUACCUAUCCUUUCUUAACAUUACACAUAUUGCUUCCAUAGGAUAAGGAUGUUUAUGUAAAUUUCAAGUCUAAUUUUCUUUUCUUUCUAUUUUGAUGCAUUUAUUUAUUUAUGGAUGGAGGAAGAUAACUGUAAUUUAAACUCUGUAAGAUGUGAUUUUGUGUAGUUUGUCCCACUGACUGAAAAUUAAUUUGGCCUAUAACAUAAAAAAUUCAAAUUUUGAUCUCUGUCUCAGAUUCUUCAUGAUCCCCUCAACAUUUUUAUCAGUAGUAGCUACUCAAAGAAAACAUGAUCAAAAUAGGAGCAACUGUUUCAAAAUUUAUAUAGAUAUAAAUCAAUUAUCUCUGAUAUCAGUUUCUGAAUAGUUGUUGCUUGAUGUGUUGUUUAUUUUUUUUCCUGCUUACAGGCUAGCUUAUCAAUUGCUUGAAAAUCCAAUGAUAAACGUUUUGACAAAUGUAAGGUCCAUUAUCUAAAGCAGAAUUAGCCCUCGUUUGAAAAACAUCUACCAAUCUAGGUUUAACAUGUGCUUGUAAACUACACUCUGUUACCUUUCAAUGAAAUGCAUAUAGCAUAUUGUUUUGUCAAUAUUUCUGAAACAAUGAGAUUAAAA